AUGAGUUGGGGUCAUCGAUUAUCAACACUUGAGUUAUCAUCAUCGUUACCUAGAAUGGUAUCAACUACAAAAACUUUACCUCAUUUAUCUCUAUUUGAACGACGUUUAGCUAAAUAUCGUUCAUUAUCAUCUUUUUUAUUUCGUAUAUGUACAUCUACUAAACAACAUUCUAUGGUUGAUAACAAAAAUACAAUACUUAUUUCAUUUAAUAAUCUUGGACGAACAACAAUUGAAUUAGCAAAAAAAGAUGGUUAUCCACUUGGUUUAACUAUAUCAGGUGGUAUUGAUAAAGCUGGUAAACCACGUGUAGCACAACUUAAAUCAGGUUCAAUUGCACAAAAAUCUGAUAUGUUAGAAAUUGGUGAUAUUUUAAUUGGUAUAAAUGGUAUUAAAACAGCUGGUCUUAAACAUGAACAAGUUAUUGAUUUAAUUAAACAAGUAGAAGAUCAAUUAACAUUAGAUAUUGAAUAUGAUUUACCUAAAUGGCCUAUUCAUGCAGUUAAUACAGUACAUACGAAAACGAUACAAAUUCAAUUAGAAAAAGAAGGACAAAGUUAUGGUUUUAUUUUACGUGGUGGAGAUUCAGAUGAGAAAGCUAAAACACGUCCACUUAUUAUUACAAGGAUACGACCACAAGGACCAGCUGAUAGAGAAGGAACACUUAAAAUUGGUGAUCGAGUUUUAGCUAUAAAUGGAAUUAAUGUUAGUGGAGCGACAUUACAAGAUGCACAUAAACUUAUGAGACAAUGCCGUGGUACAACUUUAUUUCUUAUUGAAUAUGAUGUCGCUAUUGUUGAUAGUGUUAAACGUGCAGCUGGUCCACUUUUAAUUGAAAUUGAAAAAUCCUUCGGAUCAACAAUUGGUAUUAGUUUAACACAAAAAUGGACUCGGAAUAAUCAUUCAGUUAUUAUUAUUGAUAAUGUUAAACCAGCAAGUAUUGCCGAUCGAUGUGGUGCAUUACAUUGUGGUGAUCAAAUAAAUGCAAUUGAUGAAAAAUCAUUUAUUGAUAUAUCAUUAGUUGAAGCUAAUAGUAUUCUUCAAUCAUGUACAGGUGAUUUUUGUCGUAUUGAAGUAACACCUGCAAGUGCUUUGACAUUAUUAAACAUGAUUAUUGAUCAACCACUAAAUCGAGUUUCAAUGAUUGAUAAUAAUCAUCAAAUAUCUUAUCGUUCACCAAUGUCAAUGAAUGGUUGGACAAUGAGAAAUAAUUAUCAGAACCUUAGUCGAAAAUCGCUUAAUAAAACAAGACAUAAUUCAAUGAGUUCACUUAAUUCAUCAUAUCAAACAGUUUCGGGUAAUCAAAUGUGUCAUACAGAAGUUAUGGAAUGUAUUCUUCAAUAUGAUCCAUUAUCCUCAAAUAGAAUUUCAACAGAUGGAGAAACAAUUAGUUGUUUUGGUUUUACAAUUCAAGGUACUUCGUUUGUCUCAGAUGUACUUAUACAACCACCUGUUAUUGGAUAUUUGGAACCAGGUGGUGUGGCUGAAAGAUCUGGUAUUCUUCAACCAGGUGAUCGUAUUCUUGCAAUAAAUGAACAAUUAUUAGAAGGUAUGACAUUAGAAGAUGCUCGAUCAAUAAUUAAAAGAUCAAAUCAUCAAAUUCAUCUUGAAAUCGAAUUCGAUGUUGCUGAUUUUGUUAUGCUUUCAUCAGGAGUUUGUGAAGUAAAACUUUUAAGAAAAAAUCUUGAUCUUGGUUUAUCUGUAACGUGUAUGUAA